GGCGCUUCUCUUCUUCACUGGUUCACAAACUGCAGCGACGUCAUUUGCUCUAAAUGAGAAAAUAAAUGCUUUCACUAAACUGUUGACUCGUUAAUGGCCACAUGAGGGCAUCUGCGUCCUCUCUGUCGCCUCCAAGCCUCUCUCCUCAUUUUAAACCUUUGCCAAAUUCCCUCCUCCUUCUCCUCCUCCUCCUCUCUGCCUGCCAGUAGCCCCUCUCAGGCCGCGUAGGGGAGCAUUCAUACCCCGCUGUCGGCGUUUAGCGGAUGGGGCUCUCAGCUUGAGCCGGAGGGAGGAGGAGGAGAAAGAUGAACGGUAACCCGUGUGCCCGCAGGCUUGCCCGGCGCUCCAAGUCCGCCCUGCUGGUCGCCGCUCUGGCCGUCCUGCUGGUCCAGACUCUCAUCGUGUGGAACUUCAGCAGCCUGGACUCUGCCGGCGGGGACGGAGGCGCCAGGAGCCGGGAGAAGAGAGAGGACCGAGCCGGGGGGCUCAACAAAGCCGACACGGAGCACCCGCGGAGGGGGCUGCUGAAGAAGGGCGACCCGCCGCCGCCGCUGCUCGGAAAGGCGGCCGUUCGGUACAAGCUGCAGGCGGACGUCUACCAUUCCCACCGGCCUAAAGAGAAACUUCGCCUGGAUAGCAACAAUAAUGAGAACUCGGUCCCUAAAGACUUUGACACCAUCGACAGCAACAGCAACCUGGGAGCUCGAUCUCAACGCCAACGAAUGCCGGUCGCAAACGCCAAACGCAAGCUAGAAAAGGCCCAAGCACAAAGCAUGCUGGGAAAAUCUUCUAACGAGGUUCUCAAGCAUCCUCCCAUCCAACCCAGAGGGAUGGGCCAUAAUCACAACCGCACCCACAGCCGUAAACCCCACCCCCAGGUGCCAACCGUCUCAGCACCAGUCCUGGGGUCCAAUCAGGAUCCACCAUUCUACCAGGCGAAGAAGUCGGCCACUCUGCUGCCACCUGGUUUAGAGCCGAGGAAGGAGCAGCCGCAGUGUGAGAUCAGCGGGAAGGAAGCCAUUUCUGCUCUGUCCAGAGCCAAGAGCCGCGAGUGUCGGCAGCAGAUAGUAGAGGUCUACUGCAAACAUAAAGAGAGAGCGCUGAUGCCUGAGAAAGUCCCUCGCUACUGCCCCAUAGAAGGUAAGGCUAAUGUGAACGUACAGUGGGAUGAGGACCCCGCAGAUGCUGCCCAGCUUGUGCCUGUACGGAUCGCCUUCGUCCUGGUCGUCCACGGCCGAGCCUCGCGUCAGUUCCAGCGUCUCUUCAAAGCCAUCUACCACACGUCGCACUACUACUACAUCCAUGUAGACCAGAGGUCCAACUACCUCCACAGAGAGGUCCUGUCUCUGACCAGCCAGUAUCCCAACGUCCGGGUGACUCCCUGGCGGAUGUCCACCAUCUGGGGCGGGGCCAGCCUGUUGACUAUGUACCUACGCAGCAUGGAGGACCUUCUCAAAAUGGCCGACUGGUCCUGGGACUUCUUCAUCAACCUCAGCGCUGCAGACUACCCCAUCAGGACCAAUGAACAGCUGGUGGCUUUCCUGUCCAAGUACCGCAACAUGAACUUCAUCAAAUCUCACGGCAGAGACAACGCACGUUUCAUCCGUAAACAGGGUCUGGACCGUCUCUUCUACGAGUGCGACACCCACAUGUGGCGUCUCGGGGACCGCAAGAUCCCAGAGGGCAUUGCGGUGGACGGAGGCUCUGAUUGGUUCCUGGUCAACCGGCCCUUUGUGGACUAUGUGGUCAACUCCCGAGACGAGCUGGUCAGCAGCAUGAAGCGCUUCUACGCCUACACACUGCUGCCUGCUGAGUCAUUUUUCCACACUGUGCUGGAGAACAGCGCCCACUGUGAGACCAUGGUGGACAACAACCUGAGGCUCACCAACUGGAACCGCAAACUGGGAUGUAAAUGUCAGUACAAGCACAUUGUGGACUGGUGUGGCUGCUCACCCAACGACUUCAAGCCCUCAGAUCUGCCGCGCUUCCAGCAAGCAUCCAGACCCACCUUCUUUGCCAGGAAGUUCGAGGCCAGUGUCAGUCAGGAGAUCAUCAACCAGCUGGACUCCUACCUGUUCGGGACGUACACCUCAGGCACCCCGAGCCUCCAGGCCUACUGGGAAAACAUCUAUGAGCAGGACACGGACGGCCCCGCCAGCCUAUCAGACUCCGCGCUCAGCCACUACCACGCCUUCGCACGUAUGGGACUGUCCCGCGCUGCGAGCUCGCUGCAGGGCCACCCCAAUGACAACAGCUGCAGAUACGUGGCCAUGAGCCACCCAGUGUCAGUCCACCUCUACUUCCUGUCAGACCAGUUCCAGGGCUACCUGGUGCGUCAUGUGGCCACUAACCGAGCCUCCACCCAGCUGGAGAGCCUGGAGACCUGGGUGACACCCAGAGACCACUUCACCCUGGCCAGCCCCCCCCACCCCACCAACAGGCUGCAGCAUGUCCAGGUUGGGACGGACUGGGAUCCUAAGGAGCGUCUCUUCAGGAACUGGGGGGGUCUCGUGGGGCCUGAGGACGAGCCGGUGGCCGUGCAGCGCUGGAGCCGAAGCCAGAACAACCUGACGGCCACUGUGGUGUGGAUCGACCCCACCAACGUCAUCGCCGCCACUUACGACAUCCUGGUGGACGCCUCCGCUGAGGUCACCCACUACCGGCCGCCGUUCACCCUGCCACUGAGGCCCGGCAUGUGGACGCUGAGGGUGCUGCACCACUGGAGCCCGCUGGGCCAGACCAGCUUCAUCGUGGCUCCGCUGGAGUUCCAUCGACAACAGCCCUUACAGCAAGAGGACGCCCUGCGGUUGCACGGCGGCCCAGCCAGAAACUCCUACAUGGAGCAGAGCUUCCACGGCCUGAACCCGGUGCUGCGGCUGCCGGUGAGCCUGGGCGCCGUGGAGGAGGCAGAGGCCAAUGGUGGCCUGACUGGGGCGCCGCUGCGUCGCUGGCUGGACCGGCUGCUGGAGGGCCACUGGUCAGCCGCAGACGUCUGCUCGAUGGGACCCAGUGCCUGUCCCGUCAUGCAGCGCUGUCGUCUCACCGUUUGGAGCUCCGCCAGCCCCGACCCCAAGUCUGAACUGAACCCGCCCAGAGAGGACGGGCGGAUCAGGUAGCAGACGGACAGACUGAGGGAGGAUAAGUGGACGAAGGAGAGGAACAAAUGAAGGAAGGCAUGGGGCUGAUGUCCUGUUUGUCUGGUAUUUAUUUAUUUUAAUUUGUGCAGCGUCAGUGAAAGGAAAUGGUUGAAUCAAGCAGCGAUGGGAAGAAGAGAAACAGACUCAAACUGAGGAAAAAUAUUCUCCUUCAGUCCUCAUUCAGUCUGCUGCUCUCACUGUUAUUUGGGACUACAAAGCUCUGUGUGCAUGAGUGUGUGUGUGUGAAUGUGUGUGUUGAAACAGUGUGUCAGAAGAACUCUAUACCUCUUGUGAGUGUUUCCCUGGAUUAAGGUAUGCAAGUAUGUUUUACAUGUUCAGAUGCUGAAAACGGACGUGGUUGCUUAUUCAUAGGCCCAUUAUUGCGAAAACCUUUGAUCAAGGCUUAGUUAGGUCUCAAUUUCUUGAGAUAAAUUGUGUUUUUAUAGUAAUCAUGUUCUAUUUCAGACUGUUAUCCCGAUAUUAAAUUUAACUAAAAGUUCCCAGUCUUCCUGAAAUCUUUAAAGCAACUUUCUAGUCAUAGGACUUAUAGAAAAUGAACACUGAUAAAAAUAUCCUGGAACAUAUUUAGGUAAAAGUUUUUCAAAAACAACGCUUCAUUGGCUGAUGGGAACGACAAAACAUGAAUACAGAAGCCGAUAAUUAAAUUUCUCAUCAGCACAAUACAAUGUUUGAUUUCGUAAUUAAAUCUUGGGAUAACAGGCCUGAAACACUAAAUAGGAGCACUAUUUGUUUUCUUGGGAUAAUAAGAUUCUUUAGCUGUGACCCAGAGAUAAUGAGCCCAAAAAAAGUCAUUAGCAACCACUGACGUUCUAUUACAGAGCCCGGUAGGUGUCGGGGGGGGGGGUCCUGAUAAAUGAUUCCCUCAAAUUACCAAUUUGUGCACAAAAUAUUUAUUUACUUUAAUUAGGUUAUUUGUAUCCUCAAAUUAAGUGCCUAAAAAUUCACUUUGCAUUCAGUCUGAAUGCAUUUCUGGUGUUCUUUCAGUCUCUUGUUGGAUGUUUAUCGUGCAAAGCAGACUGACAAAAUACCAGUGGUGGAAUACGUACUCAGAUCCUUUACUUAAGUAAAAGUCCUGCAUUCAAAAUGGUACAUUAAAUUAAAAAGUACCCAUUUUGUAGAAAGCCAUGAUAUUAAAAUGGGUUAUUAUUGAUGGAAACAGCAUGUUAAUGUAUAGUUGGUCGAGGUGGAGCAAAGUUUUGUUUAAUCUAUAAAAAUGCUUCUUUUUUUUAAUGUAAUUAUGUAAAAUAUGAAUCUGCAAAGUAACCAGUAACUAUAGCUGUCAGAUGUAGUGAAGUAAAAAGUACAAUAUUUGUCCAAGUACAGUACUUGAGUAAAGCUACUCAGUUACUUUCUACCAGUCAAACUACCAAUUAAGAAGUUGUUGAAAUUCUUCUCCCCUGACACUGACCGGCUCUGUUUCCUUGUUUUCUCUCUGUGCCAUGUCUGAAUCCUUCAGACCGCCUGAGCCUUGAAGUGUGAGACGUCCGCUAUGCUGGAACUCAGAAGAGAUUCACCUCCUCUUUGUUUUUUAUCUGCUCUUUUCUGUAGAAAAUGAUGUGACUGUAUCAAAGCGUACAACUGCUGCGUGAGUAAUUUAUUCAGUUUAUUUUUUUUUUUAAGUCAGUGACUAAUCUUUGUUAUGCCGAUUUGGUGCAGUGGGUGAGAUUUGUCUUUAGGACAAAAACCUCUGCUUUUUGUUUCUAAAGGCCUUCAAGUGUUUGAGGACUGAUGGUAAAUGUUUGUCUGUUUUGGGUGGAUCUCAGCACGGUUAAAUGGCCUCCUCUCCUCACUGCCUUUUGACUUAUCUGCUCUCAUUUCAAACUACUUUACAUUUCCGAGUUUAUUACAACAACAAAGCUAAAGUACAGCUACAUAUUUUAAACUAAGAAGGAUGUUUGUGGCAAUGUCAGUAACUGUUACAAUAUGUUGCAUUAAUUGGUCUCAAUUGUUUAAAGUAAGUUUAAUCUGUAAAAUGUUAAAUAUAAUAGCAAAUGCCCAUCAGCAGUUUACAAAGCACAAGUGAGGCCUUAGAAAUGCAUGUGUAUUGGAUAUUUCUGAGCACUGAGACGCAAAAGGUAUUUCAUUUAUAAUAUGAAACAAAAAGCAGCUAAUAGAUAUCUAAGAAGCUUUAAACAGCAAACAAAUUGAUUAGACAAAAUGUUAACAAUGUUGACAUCACUGCAACAGUGAUAAAUAUUUCAAUAUUUCAGAUAUGUUUUUGUAUUAAUCUCAUCUUACAUAUUUCUGCAUUUUAACCAGAUUUCCUUCCAUACUAAACAUUACUUACAUAUGCAUAAAAUAUUUAAUUUGACUUUCCUGCAAGUUGAGUUUGGAUGUAGCAGGUGAGAAGGGGAGAGGAGGAGGCCACCCAAGACAUUUAGAUGCACCUUUAGAUUUCCAUGCUGCUCAUUGAUGGACUUUGUGCCAAAACAGCUGGCUCACAAAAUAUUCAUACCAAGUCUGGGUUGCACCAGUACGGAUAAAAGUUACCCAGUGUGUUUUUUAUGAGCAGUAAUGCAAAUAGAAAAGAGGCCGAUGUAAACAGGUUUCUCAACAUUUUUAAAAAGGCUUUGCUAAAGUUUUUAUGGAGGUAGGACAUUGAUUCAAAGUUUUAGUGAGAAACACUGAACAUAAACAACACUGUUAAUUCACAAUGACAACUCCACAGGGUACCUUCACGUCUAAAAAUCAGUGCAUCCGUUAAACCUGUUGACUAACAUUUUAUUGUGGAAAAAAAAAAUCUAAAAUCAAAUCUAGGUUAUGAUUGGGUUUUGAAUGUUAGCUAAACAGGCUAAUACUACUAUGGCUGUCCCUUUCAAAGCAAUAGCUGACAUUUUGAGAAAUAUGUUAAUUCACUUUAGUGAGUUAGAUGUUGAGAUUGAUACCACUCAUGUCUGUCCGGUAACAAACUGCAGCCAGCAAGAAAGCGAAUGAGCGUACUUCUCAAAAUGUCGAACUAUUACUUUUUAAGUUACUACAGGCUAGCCUAACUCCACCCUACACAGAUGUUGCUCAUAUCUCCAUGAUGUUAUACAGUGUCAAACAGAACAAUCAUUGCGAUCAAAAUGGUGCAAGGCAAUCUCAAAUUAGCAGAUCUUAAUGCUUGAUGGUGCGAUCCAUCUUCAGUUAGUUAUAUUGCUCAUUAUUAUAAAAACUAAUAAUUUUGAAAUAAAUUAUUCCUGUGUGUAGUUGCCAAAUGACAUUUUUGGGACCAAAACUGGAGACCAGUGGGGUUUUCUAACCAUGAGGGUGACGCUCAGAAUUAACUGUUGUGUGACAGACAGCACUUAAAGUAAGGACAUUUGAUAUUUAUUCUAGAAACGAUUGUGACUGUUUGAAAUAACGAACGCAUGGUGCAGCUGUUAUACCACAGCCAUUCUCUGUUAAACUGUACAAACAAUACAGCAGUGCAGAGAGCAUGAACAUAGGUAAUUUACUGCCACUAGAUUAAGGAUUAAACAGAAUGCGAGAGGUACAGCCAGGGUAUGUUUUAACCGUUUGAUCUGCAUCAGCAUUAGACUGAUCACCAGAAACGAAAAAAAUACUUGUUUUUUGGAGAGAAUGACCUUCGUUAUACCUAUACCUGUCAAAGUCCCAGCACAGGGCGUCAUCAGGCAGGCAGCACACAUGCUCAAACAGAUCCACACUAGUGGACACCCUGAAGUUAUUAUGUAAGAUACAACUGUCCUAAUUAAAUCUAUAUUUAUUCAGGUAUCCCGAUACCAAAAAAGCUGUAAAAUAUGGCAAGAUUUUGAUGUGUAAGACGAUGUUCUCCACACAGACGGGAAAAUCUAAUCAAACCACAUUAAGAAAAACAACAAAAUCAGACUGUGGCUGGGGAUUAAAUACCUUUUACUGUGGACAGCAGGAGAAACGAGUAUACAAGUCGUUUUGUGAUUGAACCCCAAAUAAGGAGAGUUUGACUCAUUUUCUUGUUUCUGGUGCUUUCAUUGCUGAAAUCAAACUGUUAAACUGAACCCUGACCAGGUACAAAACAUGUUUUUAGUUACGAUAGAUUCCAGUCAGAAUAACUCUUAAAUAAACUUUAAACAUUAUUUAUUAUUACAACUAUGGGUGCCCACAACUUUCAUAAUUUGAUCCAUAAAUAAGGUUAUUCUUUCAAUAUUUUUAGGUUAAAAAGAAUGUCCUGAACAAUCAAAAGUUACAUAAAAUGACAAAUUCAGCUUUUAUUUUCGGUUGCCGCAUGAUGUUGAUUUGAAAAUUAAGAGCCAUUUUAUGCCAGAUAUGUAUUUUUCAUACGACGAAUGAGUCGAUGUAAAUCAGUAUUUUGUAAAAUACUCCUAGAUGAUGUACAGUUUUUAAGUUAAUGACAUAGAAAGGUCCAGCUCUUUGGACGCAGUGCUGUGAUAGUGCCACAGAAGUCGUGACUGUUUUUAAGAGAUUUUGAUUUGUGAAAUGUUCAGAUGUUGAUCAAGUCUUCAGAUUCUGGAGGAAAAUCCCAGCUGAGAGGUUUAUUCUUUUCAUACGCUUUAUUUUUGCCUCACACUUUAUUGCUGUUUGUUUCUUUUACAUCCAAUACCAACCUAUUUUUGUUUUUGUUAUUUUCUUGCUUUUCUUUAUUGUCCUGUCUCUCUGGGAGUAGUGCUGUGCCUUAGCUGUACUCCUGUUUUAGGAAACCCUCUCUGAAAGCAUCAGAAACGGUCUCAAAUGUCCAAAAACCAAAAUAAAAAUUGUUGUGAAUGCCUUAUAAAUGACUUUAGUGGUUUUGAAGUACAAUUUUUGAAAAUAAAACAGAACCUCCCUUUA